AUGUCUUCAUCACUAUACCACCCAAGGCCGGUGCUGUCUUCGCAAAGAUAUACACCAUCACCAGACUAUCUUCAAGAUGCUCGACGAACAUAUCACAACAACAGCCGCCUGCCACUACGGGAAACCGCCAGUAAUGCGCAAUCACACAACUUCAACAGCAUGGUUCCGUGCUAUUCAAACCCAGUUGGCAUCUCGCCUUCAGUGCCAGCCAGCCUUCCAGCUCCCAUGAUCCCCUCACAAUCAUUCGAGUGCCUCUACCGCGUGCCUACACCAAGAAACCAACCUCGCUUCCAGCAAAGAAGACCACGAAAUGGAGUCAACCCUCUCUACUUCUGGCCUGCUUUCCGCCAGUACCGCAACCGACAAGCACACAAAGACACCCAGAAGGACAAGGGUGGUGUUUGGAGGAGACCCGAGCUUGAAGAUGCAUUUGUUGACUCCGUUCUUCUCAUGCCUCACAUGGGACGUCGCAAGUUCUCCAUGGGAGGAAAGCUACAUGGGCGCAACAUGCUUAUUAGCGAAUACAUCUUCACAAUCUGUGUUGCCAUUCUUGGUAGCAAAGAAAUUUUCCGAAUCGACAACAGCAACGACAGCAUUGAACAGAUGGGACGCAAACAGGUCUCAAGUCAUAUGCAAGUAGUCAAGAAGUUCUUCGAAGACUUGCGAUGCUUUCACUUCCUUUUCCCUGCUGAGGAGAAGAAGGAGCCUGGCUCCACAAACUCAGAUGAUUACUAUGACGAGGAGGAACAAGAAUCCUUCAAGUCCAACCCCGUUCUUACUGCUCUUGCUGAGGGUCGAGUACCCGAUGUCAAGCCUAAUUACGAAUACUUCUCACAACUUCUGGCUCUCCAGUCUCUGAUCUCAGUCCGACCCAAGACAGCAGAGGUUUAUGUCUCUUCUUCCGAGGUCAAGUUCAGAGACGAAAUUGCCUACGACGCACAAGACGCUCCUCUGGACACUGAGUCCUUCCCUCACCUUAACAAGUACAACAAUUGUGAUGACAGCCCAAGUGUUCUCGGCAAGGAUGUGCUACUUCAUGAGUACACCCGAUCUCUGGAUCGAACCACUUCUGCCUGUGUCAAGACGGUUACCCGCCGAUGGCAGAAGGAUGCGCCCGAGAUCUACGAGACUCUCGAGCUCCCCACCCGUGAUGAGGAGUGUUUGCUCCUUGAGAUGUGCGCAACUCUUGAGUUGCAUGAGCACGCUCGCUUCCCUUCUGGGUCUGAGCUCACUGGCUUUGUUGAGGUGGCAAUCACAAACCCCAACCUCCAAAGCCACCGCUGGAAGUGUGUAACCCGCCUCACCCGGCCGUCCGAGCUUCACAGCGAUGACAAGAAGUCGAGCGUAUACACCAACGAGACCGGCAUCCACCGUCGAGGCUGCAGCGAUUCCAAACCUGACUGCGACUGCCACUCUCGCCCUCGUCAGGACAUCCAUGUUCCCUUCCCUGCUGUCGAGUGGGCUAGCAUCUUGAGCAUGGCUGUUCAGUACCCUGAUGUUGAGCACCAGCGCAAGAAGGAGAAGCGUACCAAGGGCGAUGAUCGCAAGAAUCUCGACCGUGCUGGUAGCAAGCGCAAGCGCUCAGAGGACGACGGUGAUGCCGCUUCUUGGGCUCGCCGCGAUCUUACAGGCAGCGACCUCAUCUGCAAGGUGGCCAUGUACCAAGAGCUUUGGUCGUGCGCCCCCGACUCGAACCGAUGGGCUCGACAGGGCAUUGUGUUCUGGCGAUUCAACACAACCAACCAAUGGUACAAGUACAACCCAGUUUUCAAGCCCGCUGGCACCUCAUGGCGAUGGUUGACUGUCAACGACCCCAUGUCCCGUUACCACCAGCAAAAGGCUCUCGUCUACCCUUCAGCCUCCAUGUCCCGAGACUCUAUCAUGUCUCCUACUCCUUCAAUCAACCAGCACAUGACAGCGGCGAUGAACGAGACAUUUAGUUCUGCAUGGGAUCCCAGUGUGAGCCUGGCCCAAGUGCCAAAUGUCGCUGCAACAAACAAUGGACUUACAUUGUUCGAAUCCUUUUCUGGUGGCCUCGCUACACCUCCACCAACCGCAGGCCUACAAGGGUCGUACCCAGGAAGCUUUGACCACGGUAUGCCUCCAAGCACAGGUGUUGGCUUCAUUCCGUCUACAUGCAGCACAGCGGGUGAGAGCCAUCCUGGCACUGGUCAUGGACACAGUCACAGCGCGGCUUACUACGAUGCGCAAACGACACUGGCAGAUCUCAAGCCUGUCAUGUCUACAGUCAACCCCUACCAGAGCCCAACAACAUCAUCAGGACUGGAUCUUUCAAGCUCCCUUGUCUAUGAUAACGCAGAGUGCGACACUGGCCUCCAAGGCUGGGACAUGCCGGCGUUGGACGGGUGGUCCACAGGCGCAGGAAGUGGAUCAGAAUGGGGAUCUCACCACAAGGUCGAGCCUAGCAGUGACCAGGCAGCUCUAUGGACACAAUCACAAUGGGCACAAAUGGCGGGAGACCGUGACGGCAGCCCUCGACCGAUGAAGCGAAGAAGAGGAGACGGCAUUGAUAGUCAUAUACCACCAACAAUGACAGCAGCAGCGGGAGGAUGGUGA